UUUAAUUUUCUCUCCCACAGCAUCCCCCGCGGAUCCAGAUCCCUUACGAUCCUAAGCCCGAAAUCUCAAUCACCAAAUUCUCACCAUGCCUACCAUCGCUCGAUCCAAUGGCGACUCCACUCCUCAGAAGCGCAGACUGAGAUCCGAUGCGGAGGCUAAGGAUUCUCCUAUCUCUACUACGGUCAAAUGGAAAUCGCCUCGCGGAUGCAGCUCUGCGAGCCCAAACAGUCUCUCAAAUGGUACUGAGAGAGAUUUUAGUGAUAAUCCUGAGAGAUCUCCGGUGAAAAAAAAUUUCGGCAAAUUUAUUUCAAAGCCAAAGUGGAAUCCAGGAGAUACGGAGCAGAUGAGGGAAGUGAAGGAGGCCCUGCACGUUUCGACAGCGCCAUCUACUGUCGUGUGCCGUGAGGAUGAACAGAAGAGGGUUUUGGAAUUCUGCAAGGUAUGCGUGGAGCAAGAGAAGGCUGGAAGUUUAUAUGUUUGCGGGUGCCCAGGGACAGGGAAGUCGUUGUCAAUGGAAAAGUUGAAGCAGCUUUUGGUUGAUUGGGCGAAAGAGGCAGGUCAUCGGCAGCCGGAUGUGUUACCAAUAAAUUGUACUUCUCUAGCAAAAACAUCAGAUAUUUUCGUCAAGAUACUCGGUGAUGCCCAGCAGCGAAGGAAAGUGAAUGGCUCUGCUACCUCAGCGUUGCAACAUCUCCAGAACUUGUACUCUCAAAACCCACGAUCUUCCCGCAUAAAGAUGAUGCUGAUAAUUGUCGAUGAGUUGGACUAUUUAAUUACAAAAGACCGGGCUGUGCUUCAUGAUCUUUUCAUGCUUACAACCUUCCCUUUCUCCAGAUGUAUUUUGAUCGGGAUAGCCAAUGCCAUAGACCUAGCAGAUCGUUUUCUACCGCGACUUCAGUCAUUAAAUUGCAAGCCUAUGGUCGUAACUUUUCGGGCAUAUGACAAAGAUCAGAUCCUCAAGAUACUUCGUGAGAGGCUAUCGGCACUUCCUUACAUUGUCUUUCAACCGCAAGCAUUGGAACUCUGUGCCAGAAAAGUGGCCGCUGCCUCUGGAGAUAUGCGGAGAGCUCUAUGUGUUUGCAGGAGUGCGAUUGAGAUUCUAGAAGCAGAGCUGAAAGAGUCUAGCAGCAACUUUAAUUCAUUAACAGUAGAGAAAGCAUGCUUUGAACAACAGACGGCUACAGCUCCUGAUAUAUUGAAGAAACAAGACAUAGAUGUGGUGAGGCUUGAUCAUAUGGCUAUCGCUUUGUCAAAGACGUAUAGAACGCCAAUAGUGGAUACCAUACAAUCUCUCCCACAACAUCAGCAGAUUCUACUUUGCUCUGCCGUGAAACAUUUCCGUGGGGGAAAGAAGGAUACAACUGUAGGGGAGCUGAAGAAGUCUUAUAUGGACAUUUGCAAAUCAUCACUAAUCCCUCCUGUUGGGAGUCUGGAACUUUCAACCAUAUGCCGAGUACUAAAUGACCAGGGGCUUCUCAAACUAGGUCAAUCUCGAGACGAUAAAUCGAAAAGAGUGACAUUAAGAGUAGAUGAAGCAGACGUCACGUUUGCAUUACAGGGGAUCCGUUUCUUUCGCAAUUGUCUUCAGUAACUCUGCUCAAAGCAUAUGGAUCCGUGAUUCUUCUUAAGCUUGUUAAUGAUGACUUCCUUUUUUCCAAUCCGCCCAGAUCAAACGGAAAGGUUGGUAGCCUUUUAAGGACCAUUUACAGUUCACCCAGUGCCAAUGAAGAGACACCACUUUAAUCAUGAAUAGGAAAUGACUUGACCACUUUAACGUGGAAGUCCAACAAUCCUAUGCAAACCGACUUUGACAUAAGUUGGGUAAUCUUUCAAAAAAUAGUUCUCUUGCUGUUACAGAUUCUUCUGUCUGAGAACGAGAAUCAGUCCAAUAGAGUGAAUCGGGAACUAGCCAAAAGGCUCGUUUGAAAAGAAAAGGAUAUCAGAGCUUGGCAAGCAUGAUGAGUGUUGUGGAGAUAAUACAGGAAUUAUUAAUUCAAACUCCCAAUGUCAGCAAUUUCCAGAGAGUUGGAACAUUGCCUCUCUAGAAAAAAGAAAGAAAAAGAUAAUACGAAAAAAUCUUAAAGACAUGAUUUGUUCAUCACAUGUAACUUAACUGGUACUUUUUACCUGUAUCAUUCUUCUUGUAAAGAUUUUACAAAUUGGAUGAGUUUAUAAGGUUUUGUUUUUUCAAAGGAAAUGUGAACAUAGUUAAUUGCAUUA